ACCUUGAUCACUGGCGCAAUAUUUAGGUUUAAACUCCCCCACUUCGCCCCGCUUGCAUUCUGCCCCUUGGGGGAAAUAAUGGCGUUGUGUAUAGUAGCUGCAAGUAAACAUUUGCUUUAAUUGGAUAAGUGAUUUGAACUGUGAGGAUGCAUUAAUGCCCGUGUUUUUUUCCCCCCACACAGUCUCCUGCUUCUUCAACUUCACCACACCGUCUGGAGUGGUGCUUUCCCCCAACUACCCGGAGGAGUAUGGCAACAACAUGAACUGUGUGUGGCUGAUCAUUGCGGAGCUAGCCAGCAGGAUCCACCUGAUCUUCAACGAUUUUGACGUGGAGCCCCAGUUCGACUACCUCACCAUAAAGGACGACGGCACGGCCGACUCCACCGUCCUCGGCACUUUCUCCGGCACUGACGUCCCGUCCCAGCUGGCCAGCAACGGGCACAUCACCCGCCUCGAGUUCCAGUCAGACCAUUCCACCACCGGCCGAGGAUUCAACAUCACCUACACAACUUUCGGCCAAAAUGAAUGUCACGAUCCUGGGAUCCCAGUGAAUGGAAGACGUUUUGGUGACAUUUUCCUAUUGGGAAGUUCUGUGUCUUUCCAAUGUAAUGAAGGCUUCAUCAAAACACAAGGAUCCGAGUCAAUAACCUGUUUUAUGCAGGAUGGGAAUGUCGUCUGGAAUUCUGCAGUCCCGCGAUGUGAAGCACCAUGCGGAGGCCAUUUGACAUCACCCAGUGGUAUCAUACUCUCUCCAGGAUGGCCCAGUUUUUACAAGGACUCACUGAACUGUGAAUGGGUGAUCGAAGCAGAAGAAAGGCACUCCAUCAAGAUAACAUUUGACAGGUUCCAAACUGAAGUUAAUUACGACACUUUGGAGAUCCGAGAUGGGCCUGCCUAUUCAUCAACCUUAAUUGGGGAGUAUCACGGCACACAAGCCCCCCAGUUUCUCAUCAGCACUAGCAACUUCAUGUACCUUCUGCUAACCACCGACAACAGCCGCUCAAGUGUGGGUUUCCAGAUUCGCUAUGAGAGCGUCACUUUGGAAUUUGAUUCCUGCCUGGACCCAGGAAUUCCCGUAAACGGGCGUCGGCAUGGUAACAACUUCUCAAUUGGAUCGACGGUGGCUUUCAGCUGUUUCCCCGGUUACACUUUAAGUGAUGAUGAACCCUUAAUUUGCGAGGAUAACCGUCAGUGGAACCAUGCUUUGCCAAGUUGUGAAGCUUUCUGCGGCGGCUCCAUUCAUGGUACAAGUGGAACCAUUCUAUCGCCCGGAUUUCCUGACUUUUAUCCAAAUUCCUUAAAUUGCACCUGGAUAAUCGAAGUGUCGCAUGGGAAAGGUGUGCAGUUGGUAUUUCACACGUUUCACCUUGAGAGCUCUCAUGACUAUCUAAUUAUUACGGAAGACGGGAGCUUCACGGAGCCGGUAACAAGGCUGACAGGUUCAGCUUUGCCAUCGACCAUCAACGCGGGCCUCUUUGGAAAUUACACCUCACAGCUACGCUUCAUCUCUGAUUUCUCAGUCUCCUAUGAAGGGUUCAACAUCACGUUCUCAGAGUAUGAGCUGGAGCCUUGCGAUGAUCCCGGAGUUCCCGCUUUCAGUCGGAGAGUUGGGUUUCAGUUUGAAGUUGGAGACUCGUUGAUGUUCUCCUGUUUCCAGGGAUACAGGCUGGAAGGUGCUUCUCAGAUCUCCUGUCAUGGAGGGGGAAGGCGUGUGUGGAGUGCACCUCUUCCAAGGUGUGUGGCUGAAUGUGGAGCCUCUGUGGCUGCAACGGAAGGCACGUUGCUGUCUCCAAAUUACCCAGCCAACUACGAGAACAAUCAUGAAUGCAUCUACAGAAUUGAGACACAACCAGGGAAAGGAAUCAGCCUGCAUGCUAGGACGUUUAAGCUUCAAGAGGGUGAUGUUGUCAAGGUGUAUGAUGGUCAAGAUAGCUCCUUUCGUCGCCUGGGAGUUUUUACCAGAUCCGAAUUGUUGGGCGUUAUCUUAAACAGCACUUCGAACCAUAUGUGCUUAGAAUUUAACACCAAUGGAACAGAGACUGACCAAGGAUUCGAUUUCACAUAUACCAGCUUUGAUCUGAUGAAAUGCGAGGAUCCAGGAAUCCCAAACUAUGGCUACAAGUUACGGGAUGGAGGGCACUUUGCUGACACGGUAAUCUUGUACUCCUGCAAUCCUGGAUAUACGUUGCAUGGGAGUAACACCUUGACCUGCCUGAGUGGAGAUCGCAGAGUGUGGGACAACUCUUUGCCUUCGUGCAUAGCUGAGUGUGGAGGCCACUUUAAAAGUGCAGCGGCUGGGAGGAUUCUGUCUCCUGGAUACCCAGCUCCGUAUGACCACAAUGUCCACUGCACCUGGAUAAUCGCAGCUGAUCCGGGGAAAACAGUCAGCCUUCAUUUUAUUGUCUUCGACACCGAGGCAUCACAUGACAUCCUGAAGGUGUGGGACGGACCAGUCGACAGUGACAUUCUACUGAAGGAGUGGAGUGGCUCGUCACUGCCUGAUGAUAUCCACACCACAUUUAAUUCCAUCACACUCCAGUUUGACAGUGACUUCUUCAUCAGCAAGACUGGCUUCUCCAUUCAAUUCUCAACUUCAACAGCGACCACCUGUAAUGAUCCUGGAGUUCCUCAGAAUGGCACAAGGAGCGGAGACAGCAGAGAGCCUGGGGAUACUGUGACUUUCGAGUGUGAUCCAGGUUAUCAGCUGCAAGGGAUGGCGAAGAUUAUGUGUGUGCAGCUGGACAAUCGAUUCUUCUGGCAACCUGACCCUCCGACAUGUACAGCUGCCUGUGGAGGAAACGUGACCGGCCCUGCUGGUGUGAUUUUGUCGCCCAACUACCCUCAGCCUUACCCUCAUGGCAAAGAAUGUGACUGGAGAAUUAAAGUCAGUCCAGACUACGUUGUGGCACUAAUCUUUAAAAGUUUCCAGAUGGAACCAAGCUAUGACUUUCUUCAUAUCUAUGAAGGGGAGGAUUCCAACAGCCCACUAAUUGGCAGCUUCCAAGGAUCGCAGUCACCGGAAAGGAUAGAAAGUAGCAGCAACAGCCUUUUCCUGGCAUUCCGGAGCGACGCUUCCGUCAGCAUGGCGGGGUUUGCCAUUGAGUACAAAGAGAAACCACGGGAAGCUUGCUUUGACCCCGGCAACAUAAUGAAUGGCACGCGGAUUGGCCUGGACUUCAAGCUCGGAUCAACUAUUACCUACCAUUGCGAUGACGGCUAUCAAUUGGCGAAUUUGGCUACAGUCAUGUGUGCCAUCGGGAAGGAAGGAAAGCCGAUCUGGAACAGGGCUCUUCCUUUUUGCAAAGCUCCAUGCGGAGGUCAACACACUGGGUCUCAAGGAGUUGUUCUUUCACCGAAUUAUCCUCGCAACUAUUCAAGUGGCCAGACCUGUUUGUACUCCAUCACCGUGCCGAAGGAAUUUGUGGUGUUUGGACAGUUUGCAUAUUUUCAGACGGCACUGAAUGAUGUUGUGGAACUGUUCGACGGACACAGUCAACAAGCCAGGCUUCUUGGUUCUCUCUCCGGAUCACACUCUGGAGAAACUUUGCCUCUGGCCACAUCAAACCAAAUUUUGCUCAGAUUCAGCGCAAAGAGCGGAGCAUCAUCAAAAGGUUUUCACUUUGUUUAUCAAGCUGUCCCUCGUACCAGUGCUACCCAGUGCAGCUCAGUUCCUGAGCCCAGGUACGGACGAAGAAUCGGCUCCGAGUUUUCCGCUGGUUCCGUCAUCCGUUUUGAGUGCAACCCGGGAUAUCACCUGCAAGGCUCUAAGGCUAUUCGGUGUCAGGCUGUGUUCAAUGGGUUGGCACAGUGGAACGACACGAUACCAAGCUGUGCAGUGCCCUGUGAAGGAAACUUGACGGACCGCAGAGGCACCAUCCUCUCACCAGGCUAUCCAGAGCCCUAUGGUAACAGCUUGAACUGUAUGUGGAAAAUCAGGGUAACCGAGGGAGCAGGUAUACAGAUUCAAGUGAUAAGCUUUGCCACCGAACACAACUGGGACUCGUUAGAAAUAUACGAUGGUGCCGAUGAAACUGCACCAAGACUUGGCAGCUUCUCAGGUACUACUGUCCCUGCAUUGUUGAACAGCACUUCCAAUCAACUCUACCUGCACUUUCAUUCAGACAUCAGUGUGGCAGCAGCCGGCUAUCACUUGGAAUAUAAAACUGUUGGUCUUACAACAUGCCCCGAGCCAGAGAUUCCAAGCAAUGGUGUGAAGUUUGGAGACAGAUAUUUGGUGAAUGAUGUGGUGUCCUUUAGCUGUGAGUCUGGCUAUACAUUGCAGGGACAAGCCCACGUUUCUUGUAUGCCUGGUACUGUGCGCCGUUGGAACUAUCCACCACCAAUCUGUGUUGCUAAAUGUGGAGGGGUGCUGACUGACCUGAAGAAUGUCAUAUUAAGCCCUGGAUUUCAUGGAAAUUACCCAAGCAACUUGGAUUGUCUCUGGAAGAUUUUAUUGCCCGUUGGAUAUGGUGCAGAGAUUCAGUUUCUGAAUUUUUCAACCGAAGCCAACCAUGACUUUGUGGAGAUUCGGAACGGAGCGGGUUACACCAGUUCCCUGAUCGGCCAGUUCAGCGGAGCAGAUCUCCCACCGGCCCUGCUCAGCACCACGCACGACACCGUCAUCCACUUCUACAGUGACCAUUCAGAGAACAAACAAGGCUUCAAGCUCAUCUACCAAGCUUACGAACUUCAAAGCUGUCCUGAUCCAACUCCUUUUCAAAACGGCUUCAUCAUCAAUUCUGGUUAUAGUGUUGGACAAUCUAUAUCAUUUGAAUGCUACCCUGGAUACCUGCUGAUUGGACUACGUGUUCUUACAUGCCAUCACGGAGUCAAUAGGAACUGGAACCAUCCAUUCCCAACAUGUGAAGCUCCAUGUGGCCUUAACAUAACUUCUCGGAAUGGUACCAUCUACUCUCCUGGCUUCCCAAAUGAGUACCCCAACUCAAAGGACUGUAGCUGGCUAAUUACUGUACCUUCUGGACAUGGGAUCUACAUUAAUUUCACUCUGCUGCAGACAGAACCAGUCAACGACUACAUUGCUGUGUGGGACGGACCCGACCAGGCAGCUUCACAGCUAGGAGUCUUCAGUGGCAACACGGCAUUGGAAUCUGCGCACAGCUCCACCAACCAGGUCCUCAUCAGGUUCCACAGCGACUUCUCCGGAGGAGGAUUCUUCGUCCUCAAUUUUCACGCCUACUGGCUCAAGAAGUGUCAACCACCACCUGUCGUUCCUUUGGCCACAGUGUUGUCUGAGGAUGAAGACUAUGAAAUAGGUGAUGUUGUAAAGUACCAUUGUCCCCCGGGAUAUACACUUGUCGGCAGUGAACUCAUGACUUGCAGACUGUUAACACAGCUGCAGUUUGAAGGCAUUCCUCCGUCUUGUGAAGGGCCGACGGGUCAAAACCGAGUGCUGGUUGCUCUGAGUGGAAAUCACACAGGGAAAAUGAACUUCACCAGCACAGGAAGGCAAGUGCAUUUACGUUGGUCAACAGAUCAUGCGACGAGCAAAAGGGGAUUCAAGAUCCGAUACUCAGCUUCCUACUGCAGCGUGGACAGUGUCCCAUUGAACGGUGGAGUUGUGAACAGGACGACAGGCACACUCCACAGCGUGGUGCAGUUCUACUGUAAAGCAGGGUACCGGCUGGUCGGUCACAGUAACGCUACCUGUCGACGGUUUCCCAAUGGCUUGUACCAGUGGGACUCUGCAGUUCCAUUCUGCCAAGCGAUCAAGUGUGGUAUUCCAAGGACACCUGGCAAUGGUUCGGUGUUCGGCAGGGACUACAGCAUGAGCAGCAAAGUCAACUACCGGUGCAAUGAAGGCUUCACACUGGAGCCCGAUCAUCAGGCUGUGGCUGUUUGCAGGGAAGAUGGAAAAUGGAGCAACAGCUGGAAGGCCCCACAAUGUAAACCUGUGCCUUGCCCCCUGAUUGAGAGUGUACACUCAAGAGACAUUCUCAGGCGAUUUGUUCAUGGUUCGGCAAAUGAAUAUGGAACUAAAGUCAUGUUGAGUUGCAAACCUGGUUAUUACUUACGUGGCCACAAGUUCAUAGAGUGUCAAGCAAAUGGCACUUGGAGUGGAUUCAAUGAAAAAGCAACUUGUGAAAUUAUCUCGUGUGGUGAUCUUCCUUCCUCGCCGAAUGGCAAUAAGAUCGGCACGUUGCAGACAUAUGGGGCCACAGCAAUCUUCACAUGUAAUACUGGGUACACGCUGGCUGGAUCUCAUGUCCGGGAGUGUCAAGUGAAUGGACUGUGGAGCGGAGUGGAAACCAGAUGCCUGGCUGGUCACUGCGGCUCGCCGGAUGCCAUUGUGAAUGGCCACAUCAGCGGGGAUGGUUUCAGCUAUCGCGAUACGGUUGUCUAUCAGUGCAACCCAGGUUUCCGCCUCGUUGGUUCCUCCGUGAGAAUUUGUCAACAGGACCACAAGUGGUCCGGGCAGCCAGCGGUCUGCGUUCCGAUCACAUGUGGGCAUCCUGGCAAUCCAGUUCCUGGCAGAACGAAUGGCACUCAGUUCAAUCUCAAUGAUGUUGUCAACUUCACCUGCAGUAAGGGGUACCUGCCCCAGGGGGCACUGCGGGCUCAGUGUCGAGCUAAUGGGCAGUGGAGCAGCCCGGUCCCAACAUGUCAAGCAAUGAACUGUACCGAUCCUGGAUUUGUGGAGAAUGCUGUUCGGAUGGGGCAGGAAGACAACCUGCAAAGCUUCAGGUUUGGAAGCAGCGUGAUAUACCAGUGCAAAUGGAGCUUCUACCUUCUCGGCACAGCCGUACUUACCUGCCAAAUGAACGCCUUGUGGGACCGAGCUCGCCCAAACUGCUUACCUAUUUCAUGCGGUCACCCUGGAGUCCCGGUCAACGGCCAGCUUUUAGGAGACAAGUUUACCCUUGGGUCCGUAGUGCGCUACUCCUGUGGUGGGUCUCGAAGUGUGAUUGGAAAUAACACUCGUGUGUGCCAGGAGGAAGGUCGUUGGAGUGGUUCACUCCCCCAUUGUUCAGGGGAUGAUGCUGGUUUGUGCGGUGAUCCUGGCAUCCCAGUCCAUGGUUCAAGACUGGGUGAUGAAUUCAAGACAAGGAGCUUUGUACGCUUCAGCUGUGAAGCUGGUUACAAUCUCCGAGGAUCAUCGGAACGAUCUUGCAAGGCGGAUGGAACCUGGUCAGGAGCACAACCAGUUUGUGAACCUGUAUCUUGCGGGAACCCUGGCACUCCAGAAAAUACGAAAAUAGUUUACAGCGACGGCAUUGUGUUCUCCAGCUCCAUCACCUAUGCCUGCUGGGAAGGUUACAAAACAUCAGGGCUGACGACACGGCACUGUACGGCUAACGGCACCUGGACUGGAUCUGCUCCCGACUGCACAGUUACUGAUUGUGGUGACCCUGGUGCGUUGGCUAAUGGUGUUCAUCUGGGAAAUGAUUUCACCUACAACAAGACAGUAACAUACCAGUGUAACCCAGGCUUCUGGAUGGAAACACCUAUGUCCUCUACAUUACGCUGCAUGAAGAAUGGUUCUUGGAAUCAGACCAAACCAGCCUGCAAAGUCAUCGCUUGUACACAACCUCCCCGUGUUCUUCACGGGAGAGUACAAGGGUCAGAUUACAGGUGGGGCUCCAGCAUCAGCUACACGUGUUCUGAAGGAUAUCAGCUUUCCCUAUCGGCUAUUCUGAGCUGCGAAGGAAAUGGCGUUUGGAGAGGUGAAGUCCCACAAUGCUUACCCGUUUUCUGUGGCGAUCCAGGGACUCCAGUCGAGGGGCGGAUUGAGGGGAGAAGUUUCACCUAUAAGUCUGAGGUCUCGUUCCAUUGUCGACCUCCUCUGUUGCUGGUGGGAUCAUUCAGAAGAUUUUGUCAAGCCGAUGGGUUUUGGAGUGGAAUUCAGCCAUCCUGCAUUGAUCCAACACAUACAAUAUGUUCAGAUCCAGGCACCCCUCAUUUUGGAAUGCAGAACAGCUCACAAGGCUACGAGGUGAGAAGUAACACCAACGUCGAUAAAGGUCAAGGUCAUUCAGCUAAUUUUCUGUUAUCCCAUUAUUUAACUUGGAGUGGUGUACAUCCUGAAUGCAUCUCCCACAACUGCAGACAACCAGAAACCCCUCCCAAUGUGGACGUGAGAGCCAUUGAACUGCCGACGUUGGGAUACACCUUGCUUUACACCUGCCAGCCGGGAUUGUACCUGGCCGGGGGAUCAGAGCACCGGGCAUGCAGGAGUGAUGGCAAGUGGUCGGGGAAGCCACCAGUCUGUCAAGUUCCUCCAGAUGUAUUUGCUCAAAAUUCUGUUUGGAAGGGGUUCUAUGAAUACCUUGGAAAGAAACAGCCAGCAACAUUAACAGUUAAUUAUUUUAAUGUAUCCAGUGGUCGAGUGAAUGUUACGUUCAUUGAGCACAGUAGCAUGGAACUCAAGCUAUCAGGAAUCUAUAAAAGGGAAGAGACUCGACUUUAUUUAAAGGUGUAUCAGAUUAAAGGACCUAUUGAGAUCUUUGUGAGCAAGUUCAGAAAUGAUAACUGGGCUUUGGAUGGUCAUGUAUCCGCUGAACCCGAAGGGACUUUUGUCUACCAAGGGUUCGUUCAAGGCAAAGACUUCCGGCAAUUUGGCUUUCAGAGACAAGGACCACCAGGCGGAUCGCAGGACAAGUCUAAUUAUUACUACGGCACAAGCAGCAGUUCAGUAGCAGCUGCCAUCCUGGUCCCUUUCUUUGCCCUCAUUCUGGCAGGAUUUGCUUUUUACCUCUACAAACACAGAACAAGACCAAAAGUACAAUAUAAUGGCUAUGUUGGCCAUGAGAACACAAAUGGACAGGCUUCCUUUGAAAAUCCAAUGUAUGAUACUAACUUAAAGCCCACCGAGGCGAAAGCUGUGAGGUUUGACACAACACUGAACACUGUGUGUACAGUGGUAUAGCCAUCACUCAGACUGCUGACUAACUCAUAUUAGCCAUACCUCUACCUGGCGAGUGUCAACUCCUCCAGCGCCAUAUACCACAUCGCUCUGUCCUACCGCUUGCUCUACGGCAAUACUCUCUGAUGACGUUUGAUAGGACAAACAAGGAAAAUGGAGUUUUGUUUUGUGCUGGGUCAGUGCCCUCAGCCGACAAGUCCAAGCAAUUCUUUCAGACUUCUGACACAGGAAGAACCAAAACCAAGUACCGGAUGGGUUUGAAUCUUUCUGUUCUGGAUCCAAAUGGCAGAUAUAUUUUUUUUUUGUUGGUUACAUAUUCUUCCAAGAAGAGAUGAAAAUAGACAAGGAGGACAAAAUCUAUACCGCCACUGACACUAACAGACUCUAAAUGAACUUAAUGUCAACAGCUGCCUGCAUCACACAAACAAGAUCAUCUUCCUAAAGCAGGGCAGCUUUGGAGUUGGAAAGUCUACUGCACAAUUCUUUGCACUAGUGCGUUAUGAAUGAAUGAGUAGGAUACUGGCAUCAAUUAGAGUACAGGGUUUCUAACACACCGACCAUUGUACAUAACAAAAAACAUUUGCUUUAAAAGAAUUACGUUUCCAUGGCUGAACAUCACAUAACCUUAUCAAUGCUAAUAGAUAUUAGAACAAUGCAAUAUUAUUUCCUUCAGAUUUGCAUUCUUAUAGAGUUGGUUUCUAUCGAGGUUAGGCUUGUGUGUGGAAACAAAAAUCAAGAAUUUUUAUGGUUCCCUUGGAAAAAAAGGGAAUUGGAUAUUGUUGUUUGAAUAAGUUGUUAUAAGCCAAAAAAAACUGAAUUUUUAAUACAAUAUUAUAUUUCCAAACAAUUAGUAUUUUCUGUCUCUCCGCAGGUUCUAGUGCAGAAAUAUCCUGGAAAUCUAUUCUGUCCAAAUAGCAUAUUACACGAAAAAAAAAUGUAUUUUAUAAAUUAUAUCCAGAGGAAAAAACUAUUUAUUUUCCCAAGAAGAAUCAUCUUGGCUGUUUUCAAUGUUAGCUGUGCAUUACCAUCACAGUGAAGGGGGCAGACUAAAGAUCCUAAUAAGGACAAUGCAAAGAUAGACAAUGCGUGUCGGAGUAACUCGGCGGGUCAGGCAGCAUCUCUGGAGAAAAGGAAUAGGUGACAUUUCGGGUUGAGACUCCUCAUCAGACUGAGGACAAUGUAAUGCUGAGACUUCCCCGGAUCCUAGUUUGAGGUACACUAGUUUAACCAGUUGGUAGACAAUGCACGCCACACCUUCAUGGAGGAUGGCGCACAAGAGGUUUUUUGGUUUUUUUAAGUACUCACCAAUUCCUGAUAAAUACAUGAAGCACGUCCAUUUGCUUGCUCUUCCCAACCAAAAGACACACA